AUGUGUUUCAUUGUCGUUAAUGUAAAUACAUAUAUGAUUGAUCCAGUUGUGAAUAUUUUAUAGAUAAUUGUUAUUUUCCUUUUUGUAGUUAAAAUAGAGAUAGAGUUAAAAGAAGUAAAGAUAAAGUUGAAGAAAAUUACAUAAGAAGGACAUCAUGCCAAAUACCAAGAAAACAGCAAGGAAGGUUGUUUUUACACAAGUCUUAGAGGAAAAGUUUCAAUGUCCAUUCUGUCCUCUUGAAUUUGGAAAUAAGGAAGACAGAAACCGACAUUUAAUAGAAUGCACAGAUUCAAGGCUCUUCUGUGAAUUAUGUUCCUAUAACACAAAUAAGAGAACCAAUCUUACCAGGCACUUUAAGAAGGUCCAUUGUAGUACGGAUGAUAAAGAUGAAUCUGAGGACACUGAGGCAGAAGUGGAGAGUGAGAUUGAUGAUAAGACAACUAAAAAGCAAAAACCAAUAACAAAACCAAUCUCUGGAGAUAAAAGUAAAGAUGAAAACAACAACAAGAAACCUGUAUCUUCAGGUGAGCCUUCAACUCAAACAGUUGACACAAAUAAAACAAACAUAACCACAGAACCAGAAGAAGGAGGAAAUUUUGAAGAUACAGUAAAGUUGGACAAUUCAAAGAGUCUGUUUACAGAUUAUGACGAUAUCUCUAGUGAUGAGGAUGAUGAUGAUAUAGGACUUAUUGAUAAACCAAGCGAACUAAUUGUUAGUCAGCCAAAGAAGCCUGUUGACGAAAUAGAUGAGAGUGUGAACAUGGGAAGAAUUUUCAGGAAGAAAACAGAUCCCAUGCCUAUAAUUGCACCAAAGAAAAGGAAAACAACUACAGUACAGGAUCUCAAGAAGAAACUUGUAAAGACAAUGCCUGGUAUAACCAGUAUUAAUACAGCGACUCUGGGAUCGGAUAAAAUGCCUCACAGUUGUCAAUGUAAUUGUAAUUUGGAUAACAUGAAGACUGUAUAUGUGAAGACAAUUACAAAGUAUCUGAAAGAUGGCAAGCAAGUGAAGGUUGUUGAAAAGAAGGUUCCUAAGUGAAUAACGAACAAUUUGUGAUUUCAUGGACUAGUUUAAUUUGACUUUGAUUAUUAUAUGAUUGUGUUGCUACUUUGUGUUUAUUUUUAUUCAGUCGAAAGAAAUGACUGAAAUAAAUCAUAUAAUUCUGC